AUGAACUUGUCGACGAAGGAGAAGAAGGAGGGGGAGCAGGCGUCGAGGUCGGGUCAGCACGCAGAGGCGAGGCUGUCGCAGGAGGAGUAUCUGGACAAGUUCGGCGUCAACGUUUACCUCAAGGACUGCAUCACGCUCGUCCUCGAAAACCGGCCGGAGAAGCCGCUGGAGUUCAUAGCAGACUACCUCAACAACGCUCUUCAUGGGAAAUCUUCGACCCAGCGAUCAUACCGAUACAUCCGUUUGACCAGAAGGAACAGGCAGGCAUUCAUGGAUAACUUGGCCUCUGCGUAUUUCACAUUGUAUCCUGAUGCGCCUGGUAGGCAUAGCGAGAUGCAGGGUCAGAGCGGGCUGACAGGAGCACAAUAUCUCAGCCUUAUCAAGCUCUUCUGCAGUGACUUUCCUCCUGAAGUGAUCGAGUCCUUGACCAAGGUGAUGGACAAGAAGACUUCGGAGAGCAUCUCCUUCUCUUACUUCGCCGCGGGCAUCAAUGCCUGCCUCAUGUACGAGGAAUUCUUCGAGCAUGCUGAGUAUAUCUUCAACUCGUGCGACGUCGAUGCGAAGGGGCAAGUGGACUACGACGUUUUCAUCAGCAUCUUGCGCCAGAUGAAUCAGAGCUCUUCUGACGUACUGCAUGAGAGUGAAGGAUGGAACAUCCCGAGUUGCAAACUCUUGGAUUCUGCGCGAAAUGUGCUAGCGGCGCGAGAGCGAGGCGCGGAGAACAAGAAUGUCACUUAUAAGGAAUUCAUCAUGGCAGUCAUCAAGAUAUUUGUGCUCCGCAAUGAAAACAAGUAA